AUGCAGUUCAUCACUUCGCUCCUUGCUCUCGGCACCGUUGCCUCUGCCGCCGUUCUUCCCAUUGUUCCUAACCUCCCCACCGAGGAGGCUUCUAUCACCGACCUCUAUGCUCGCAAGCUGAACGGAACCGCUGUCGACUCCCUCUCCUUCAAGCUGAGCAUCGACGGCAAGGCUCCCUUCGACUGCUCGUCCAGCACUUUCGGCUUCGGCCAGUGCAACACCACCGACGCCUACUACGGCUUCGGACUCCAGAACAACGGCUCCUCCACCUUCACCAUCGCCAUCUCCAAGGUUUCCGAGGACGGCUACAGCAUCUGGGGCCAGGGUGCGGUCCCCACUUACUGCCACGCCGGUGGCGCUGGCCCCAAGGACUUUGUCUGCUCCCAGGUCAACAACGCCACCAACUUCAAGCUGUCUUUCGGUGGUUCCGCUUAA